GCAUUACGUUGAACCGCAUCAAACGCCUCCAUUCAGAGCAGGCUUUUAUUAUGCAGAAACACGAUUUUUUUAUUUUUCCCGAUACAAUACGACCGAAUAAUCAUAACGCGAGAAUCUGUAAGUUCCCUUCAGUUCUGCAGCCUGCACUUGUGAGAGGUGGAGCGGGCAGGCGCAUGAGGCAGCAGCAGCAGCAGCAGCUGUGCGGGCGGCUCGGUCGGUCCGCGGCCACUAAGAGAAUUCCCGUAGAAAAACGGGCACAGUACCGAGGCAUGGACCUCUCCAGAGUUUCCUGUUUGGUUAAGCCAUCCUCAGGCACAUUCAAAGGACGCCCACCCAAACAGUCUCACCCCCUGGAGGCAGUACAGAUGGACAGCACUGAAAAUGACAAUCAGGGUCCUUCCUGCAAUGAGAGAACAGCCAAGAAGAAGAAAGGGCACCACCGUGUGGAGGUGCCGGACCUUUGCACAAUCCCUGAAACUGUGGCAGAGAAGUUCAGUUAUGGCUGUCCAUACUGUGAAGCAAUGUUUGCCACAAAAGUGCACCUGCAGAAGCACAAGAUGUGGAACCAUUCAGAGAGGGUCAACAUGGGGAGCAAGAUAGCAGUCACCAUGGAGCCAACUUCUGAGCCGAAAACCAAGCCCAAACUGCAAAAACACCCUGUAAAGGAAAAUUCCAAAAAAAGAGUGUGCGGCCCUUGUCUCAGGCCUAUGGAGAACAGACCCUCCUCGCCAGUCUUUUUGAAGGUAAAGAAAUUCCAGGAAAUGUCCCAGCCCUCACGGAAUGGUGAGUGCACUGACCAAAGGACAGAGAAAAAACAACAGCACAGCUCACAGCAACCGCAACAAAAGGGAACUUUCUCAGAUCCUGGGGCCAGUGAAAGCGAGGGAAGCAGUCUACCUCCAACUCUUCCUGAGGAAGACCCAGAAAGGAUGAAGCAUAGGAGGAAACAGAAAACUCCAAAGAAGUUCACUGGGGAGCAGCCCUCCAUCUCUGGAACGUUUGGCUUGAAAGGGAUGAAUAAACUGGAUGAAAAGCUGAAGGUAGGCAGGACAAAGCGAUCAGAGGGGACACCAUUCAUUGAGGAGUCCCAGAAGAAGCAACCAACCCUGGUUCCAGCCAAAAGGGAACUGCCCUGCCGUAGUCAAGCACCACCUCUUGAUUCUGAGGUGCAGGAUGCCCUUUUGGAGCACAGUGAGGUGUCCUGCUCCACUUGCUCCAUUGUCACCUACAAGACUUGUCCUGGCUUCAAAAAGAAGAUCUGUCAAAAGGCCCCGAUCAGUGAAGAAACUGAGUUGGAUAGUAUGAAGGAGGAUGAGAAAGAGCAGUCUCCUGCUGACAAGACAAAAUCAGAUCCAGCCCAGAUGAAAAUAAUGGAAGAGAAGAGAGAGAAUAAAAAGUGUGCUAGAAUGGAGGCCGAGGAGGAGUUGUUGGACCUAGAGCGCACUCCCAGUGGAAGGGUGAGGAGACGCUCAGCCCAGGUAGCUGUAUUCCACCUGCAGGAGAUUGCAGAGGAUGAGCUGGCCAAGGACUGGGGAACCAAACGCCGCAUCAAGGAUGACCUUGUCCCUGACAUUAAGAGGCUGAAUUACACACGACCAGGCCUUCCCACCUAUAACCCAGAAACCUUGGAUACUUGGAAAAAUGAAGUAAAGGAGAAAGGUUUCAUCUGUUGUCCCAAUAGUAGCUGUGAAGCUAUUUAUUCAAGUGUGUCAGGACUCAAAGCUCAUCUUACCAGCUGCAUCAAGGGAGGGGUCAAUGUGGGGAAGUAUACGUGCUUACUGUGCCAGAAGGAAUUCAGCUCUGAGAGUGGGGUGAAAUACCACAUUUGUAAGACACAUUCUCAGAAUUGGUUUCGAGCAACAGGCCACAUGUCUAACAGCAAGAAAAAAGAUUCACAGAGCAAGGAGCUGCAGAAAGACAUGAAAAAUGGAGUACCCUGGAAGAAAAGGGGUCGGAAACCCAAAGAACGUCUGGUUGAAACAACGCCCACCCAAGAAAAGACUCUGAAUAAUAGCAAUGGACCUUCCAUGAAUCACCAAACUGCAAGUCCAAGCAUAAGACCAACACCAAUCCAAACAUCAAGCCAGAACCCAGCCUGCACCACCCCCGACAAUAUUCCAACACCAAUGGAUGGUACAACUCUAACCCACAAUAGAGAUUUGAAGCCUCCUGUUAAGAAGAGAGCCAAGCCUAAUAAAGCACCACUCACAGAGUAAGAUGGCUUUCAUCACUUCAGUACCAGACAGGAUGCUGUUAGCAAUAUACCAGUAAACAAACAAAACAAUAAUUCAUCUGUAAGUCAUCACCUCUGCAUUUAAAUAUUACACAGAAGAUGGAGCUGAUACGGAAUAGCAGAUGGGGGGAGCAGAUGAACGUGUCAGCGGUUAGCUCUUGCAUUAGUUUUACACAGUUUUAAACCUGAUAUAUACAUAAACAUGAUAUACAGUCCCCUCUGAAAGGUUUGUAAUGGCAAGGACGAUUCUUUUGUUUUUGUUAUGCACUGAAGACAUUUGGGUUUGAUACCAAAAAAUGUAUAUGAGACAGUUGAUUAGAAUUUCAUCUUUUAUUUCCUGAUAUUUACAUCUAGACAUGUUAAAGGGAUCGACUCACCCUUCCCAGAAUCCAAUUUGCUGUUUUUGUUUUGAAAGCACGUGACCGCUACCUGUUAGCUGUCUGUAUAGCAAAGCCUCUGGAAAUUCACUGGUAGUGAUCCCUUCGAAACCCAGCUUGAACUUUAUCUUCUUCUAUGUAUCAGGCAUGGAAGCUAUGAACAAAAUAUGCUUUUUUUUUUUUUUGUCCUUUGCAGCCACGCAAGAGGCUGAUUCGGGUCCAUUACAACUGAAUAACCAUAUGAAAACAGAAUGGAUUGGUCAAAAGAAUUUAAAAUAUAGAUACUUUGACAAAAUAUCUUUGAUUUCAUGUUAAAAUUGAAUAUUUUUGGCCCGGAUUGCACAGGAUUGUUGUGGCUUGUUUUUGUAAUAUCACUUGCAUAGAAAAUCGCGACUCACUACUUGGUGCAGAGGAUUCUGAGAAGGAUGAGCUGGUCUUUUUAAAAAACUUAGAACAUGGAACCUUUGGUGGCAGAUCACCCAAUUUCUUUAAAUGUGCAAAAGUACUGGAACAGAUAGUCUUUAAAUAAAUAAUACUUCAUAUUUGGUUGCUUAUCCCUUGCUUGUGAUAACUGCAUGAAGCUGGCCACCCACUGACAUCACCAAACUGUUGGAUUCUUUCAUUCUUUGUGAUGUCUUUUCAGGCUUGUACUGCAGCUUCUUUCAGUUGUUCUUUGUUUUGGUUUUUUUUUCCCUUGAGUCUCCUCUUCAGGUGCUGAAAUGCAUGCUCAAUUGGAUUAAGGUCUGGUGAUUGACUUGGUCAGUUUAAAACUGAUGAAGUCCUUUGUUGUGUUAGCAGUGUGUUUUGGGUCAUUGUCUUACUGGAUGAUGAACUUCCUCCCAAUUAGAUUAAAUAAUUUUUCUGUAAUUUGGUAGACAGAAUGUUUCUGAAGCCUUAUAAAUUCAUUCUGCUGCUACCAUCAUGAGUUACAUCAUCAAUAAAGAUUAGUGAGCCUGUUCCAGAAAUCGCUAUAAAAGCCCAAGCCUCCAUGCUUGAUGAUGAGCUUGUAUGUUUUGGAUCAUUGGAUCAAGAGCCACCUAAGCAUAAUAGGGCCCCUCGUGAUGGCUCCAUCAUUUGUAGGAGGUGCCAACCAUCUGGUCAUUAUGCCCAGGAGUGUAAUGGAGAAAGGGUUCUCCUUCAGCCUUAAACAGCUUUAGUUACAGCCUUACCCUCUGCAGAUGGUGGGCCAUCCUGCCCCGUCCAUUGGAAAACUAGCACCCACUGGGCUGAUAAGCCACAGUCCGGGUGUUUUGUUAGGUUUUUUUUAGGCUCAGAGGUGACUUUGGGUACUGUUAGCUUGGUAGGAGGGCUAAUGUCAACUUGUCCCCAUGUUAAUGUCACUAUGAGUGGGAUUAAUGUUCCAUGUUUGGUUGGCACAUGGUGUUCACCAUGGCUGAAAGCUUUUUUUUUUUUUAACAAUUUUGCAGUUGUCAGUUAAGAAGAAACCUUUAUUUGUCACAUGCACACUCAAGCACAGUGAAAUUCAUCCUCUGCAUUUAACCCAUCUGAAGCAGUGAAUGCACGCAUGCACACACAUAAGUGAGCGAUGAGCACACACACACAUAUACCCAGAGCAGUGGGCAGCUAUGCUACAGCACCCGGGGAGCAGUUGGGGGUUAGGUGCCUUGCUCAAGGGCACUUCAGCCCAAGGCCAUCCCAUGUAAACCUAACUGCAUGUCUUUGAACUGUGGGAGGAAACCGGAGCACCCGGAGGAAACCCAUGCAGACACAGGGAGAACAUGCAUACUCCACACACAAAGGCCCCUGUUGGCCACUGGGCCUAAACCCAGAACCUUCUUGCUGUGAGGCAAAAGUGCUCACCACUACACCACUUUGUCACCCAUUAUAGCGCUAUUACUUAAUACUUGACCUGUCUCAAUUGUUUUUGUCCCUGGUAAAUAUUUGGACCCAAACAGAUGGGAAACUAGGGCCCAGGUUAAAAAAAAAAAAUCCUGAAGCUUUCCUUUAAUAUGUCUAGAUGGAAAUAUCAAGAAAUAAAAGCUGAAAUUCUGAUCUCUCAUCUGAUCUUUUGAUCUGAAACCCAAAACUCUUCGGUGCAUAGCAAAGACUUAACCUUGCCAUUAAUCUAGCAAAGAUUUAACCUUGCCGUUCCAAUACUUUCAGGGGAAUAUAUAUAAAAUGUGUCUACUGGUAUACAGAUGUAUACUGGUAUACACACAAUCCCUUUUCGUCCCAUUUUAAAGUUGAUUUCAGUGAUUGAGCUAAAAAGAUGUAAUGAAAGCUUAUAUAGCUUGCAUAUUAUAUGUGUGCAUAUACACUUACAUAUGAAAACAUUAUUAGGGCAAAUAAACGUUUCUGACAACCAUUUCUGACAAAUAAAAUGAUCUCAGUAUAUUCAGUAAGCUUGUAUUGCUAAUUUA